AUGACGACCACCACACUUCUUACCGAGCAGACGGCCAAUGGCAAUCUUCUGGACUGGGCCAGCCUCAGUCCCACUGCUCUUGCCUUGCCGCCAGGUGAUUCUACCACUUAUGAACCUGUCCUUCUGAGCGAUGAGGAUCUCCAUGUCCUCGAUCCCGCUUUUCUUUCCAAGCGCACAGACACCAGCAUCGAUAAUAAUAAUAAUAAUAAACCCCCGUACACCCAGCGUCCGGAGCUAAAGCCAGCUUCCACCAAUCAGGCCGCUCCAAAUAUCCACUCUGCUCGACCAUCGCGCUCAUCCAUCACCAGCCUUUCUUCUAUAACUUCUACCUCUACGUCCGCCACAACAGAAUCAGACAUCACCUCUCCCAAAAAAUCUUCAAAAUCUAGCAAACGCAAUUCGAAAUCAAAGGUAUAUGAUAAGAACGACCCCCGUCGGGAGAGAUAUCUCGAGCGCAACCGGCGCGCAGCCAGCAAAUGCCGCCGCCAGAAGAAAGAACGCAACCAGCAACUGGAGAACCUGUAUCGCAAACAAUCUGCAGAGCAAGAGCGGCUUCUCUCGGAGCGCGACCGGAUGCGCUCCGAACUGCUCUCUCUGAAGGAUGAACUGCUGAAGCACGCACAAUGCGAAGACCCGCCGCUCAAGUUCUACAUUGCUCAGAUGGUCGAGGAGGCUGGUGCGGCUGUUGCGCCAGGUAGACCGAUCAGUACCUACUCUCCUGGGUACUCUGAGCAGCAGGCGCAGCCUCUGAUGUUCAACGAUGAUGAUGUCUUGCAGCAGCAGUCCCCGACGAUGAAGAUGUCCAUGGUUGCAGAUGCACCGUGGACCACAUCGGGUGGUGACUUUGUGGAUUUUGUUCAAUUGUGA